AUGUACUUUAAGAUCCACGAAGACACAUUGUUUGGAAGCCGUUUGGGUUUAUCGGCGGAUUCAAGCUGUAGCGAGCUAAUGGAUAUUGCUUAUGCUGGAAUCACUAUCGAAUAUACAAAGGGCGCGGUGCCAUUUUCUACCAUUUUUGAGGCACAAGCAUCACUCAUCCAAGCAACAGCAAUGGAUAUCGAUGGUCGCUGGCUCUAUUCAUCGGUUUCAGAAAGAUCUGUGGGUCGAGACAAUAAACGGGCAAAAUCACUCUGUUGCGCAAUGUCUGGAAGUUGA